ACAGCACCAGCGAGGAGUCAGUGUGUAUUGAGCCUUGUAGCGGGAAGGGUGUGUCGCCAGCCCUCCCCAGCACCUUAUCUGACUGGUCUCUGCGUGUGCGUCUGCCAAAGCGCGCGCUCUCCGGAACUUCUCUCUCUUCUCUCUUUCUCUUGUUACUCUUUUGUUUUGCCUGCUUCCCCGUAGAGGGGACAUGAGCAUGCCUGAACGUCGUGGCACACAAGCCCUGGAAGCAUGGGCACGGCGGGCCACCUCCGGGUACGAGGGUGUCACCAUCACCAACAUGAGCACAGCAUGGAGGGAUGGACUCGCCUUCUGUGCUCUCAUCCACCACUUCAGGCCAGACCUCAUAGAAUUUUCCUCUCUCAAAUCGGAGAACAUCUUGGAGAACAACUCCCUUGCAUUCCGAGUGGCAGAACAACAGCUAGGCAUCCCUGCACUGCUGGACGCCGAGGACAUGGUGGCCAACCCUGUGCCAGACCGCCUCUCCAUCCUCACCUACGUCAGCCAGUACUACCGCGCCUUCUCUGCCAUGGGACUGCUGGCGGAGAGGAAGCAGCAGGCGCGGGGCAAGGAUGGCAAGGAUGGUGGUGGUGACGGUGGUGAGAGCAAGACCACUCCUGUGUCUCGGCCCCAGUCCCUGCCAGCCACUCCUAAGACUGCCACCACAGAGACCAAGACAGAUAAGGUGCUGGGGCGCGGUGGACGGGGCCGGCGCGAAGUGUGCGUCACCUGCCAGAACCCAGUGUUUCUGGCGGAACGGCUGAUGGUGGGGGCGCCGGGCCAGCUGAUGCACCGCACCUGCUUCCGCUGCGCUCGCUGCUCCACCCAGCUGACCCUGGCCGGCUACUACCAGACCGAGCGGGGCCAGUACUGCUGCGAGACUUGCCCCGACGAGGAGCGCCUGCCCCAGGUAGGGUUGCUGGCUGCCCCCACUGACUCAGAGUCGUCCACCGAGGAGUCAGAGUCAGAAGAAGAGGAGGGGGAGAGCGAACCCCCACGCCUCCCUGACACCCCCGCCCCAACACCCUCUCCAACACCCCCCCGACCCCGGACAGUGUUCCUCUCCCAGACCCUAGUCCCCGCCCCAGAACAGCCCACCGACCUGCCAGAAAGCACAACAAAUGAGCAGCCCAGCCACUUCACUAAGGUGUCCCCCGCUCUGUUUGGUGCAGACAAGGCGGGGCGAGUGAGGGAACAUAGCCCCGACCCGGCACCACUGCCCCGCACAGUAAAGUCCCUCAGAACAGACCCUCCAGAAGUAUUGGACACCGGCCAGACCAAACCACACGUACCCCCUGAUGCUCACACACCCCCGCCUCACCCCAGCACGCCCUCCCCAGACACUCGCACCCACGCACAGACCACCCCCACCAAGACUGCCUCCUCCAUUGUUGCCCGCCGUCUCCAGAUGUUCCGGGAGAUGAGCAACAAGACAGGCAGCAGCAGCAUCAAGAUAGGAGACAACAGAGCACCUCUCCAGAGACCAGCCAGGAGAGGAGGAGCUUCCCUGGUGGAGGAAGACAGGACACUGACCACCUGCAGAGAGGACCACUGUCUUCCGUCCACCCAGCCUACCCCUGCCGCAGCACAAAAUCCCUUUGAGGACGAUGAUGAAGACGAUGAGAGUGCAGGUGAUCACCAAAAGACCCAAGGGAAGGAGAACAGUGCAAGAGACAAUGACAAAGACUCAGACCAGGUUGUGAGUGAGGUGGUUAGCGACAGACAUGAGAGUGAGUCAGAAAAGAGCCACAAAGAGGAAAGUGAGACAGAAAAGAGCCACAGAGAGGAGACUGAGACAGAAAAGAGCCACAGAGAGGAAAGUGAGACAGAAAAGAGCCUCAGAGAGGAGAAUGAGACAGAAAAGAGCCAGCUGGACAAGGUUGUGGGUCAGACUCAGGGUGGUGAGGUUGUGAGCAGUGAGAGCCACAGUGAGGCAAGGGAUGUGGUUGUGACCCCUGUGGUGGCAGAGAGUGGCUCCUUGGGUGGCACUGAGGAGCACCUGGUUGUGAUGCCUAGGGAGCCACAGGACCCUGCCAGCACCUCCCAGCCCCACUACCCUGACGACCUGAACCCAUUUGGUAGUGAGGAUGAGGACGAUGACACAGGAGCAGCCCCGCAGUCCCCUCAGCCUACCCUGAAGGAGGCUGCAGGAGACUCACAGGACACUAAGAAUCAGAGUUCACCAGCAGCAGCACCACCACCAACACCAGCAGCAGCAGCAGUGGCAGAACAACCCCCACAGGACUCUCCCAGCAGGAGACUCAUCAAGGCUAACCUAAAUCCAUUCGAGAGUGAUGAAGAGGAAGAGGAGGAGAAGGAUGCCCUGGUGCCUAAGAAGGAGGAAAAGAAGAGCCUCAAUCCCUUCUGGAGUGAUGAUGAAGAGGAGGAGGAGGAGGAGGAGGUAAGAGGAAGGAAGGACUCAACACUUAAGGGCGCCAAAUUCAAGCCUCCACGCCCUCCACCACCGACACUUCCCAGGAACAGACUUCUCACUUCAACUGUUGUUUUCAAGGAGACUUUCAAAAGGAGCCCCUCAACCCUCUCCACCUUCUCCACUGCCUCCACCAUCACCCCUGCCACCCCAACCACUGCCACAACUCCACGCAAGAAGAAGGUCAUUGCUCCACCACCCCCUGCUUCCCCCAACCUUUCCCUGGCCUCCUCCCCUGGUGGAUCAGUGGCCCUCAGGAAGAAGGGAAGACGAGCCCCUGCACCGCCCCAGCUGACUGGCCAGACUGGCCGCUCCUCCCCCAGUGACCAGGACACUCGCAGCCUUGACACAGUGUCCAGUGGGGAUAGAGAAGAUCCUGAUGAGGUGCUGAGUUGGAAGAUUCAAAAAGAUCUCAAGAACCAUUCCAACAAGAUCAAUGGCACCCCCCAAGCUCCCCCCAAGCCCUCACGCAGCCCCCACACCCAAUUCACUGCUUCAGAGCCAGCAGGUGGCCGGCACUGCCCAGUCAGCAAGAGUGAGGCCGGGGAGUGGAAGAGAAAGAAGGGUCCAGCCCCGCCCCGCCCCGUGCCCCAGAAGCGUGCCCUUAAGAAGCUGCCCAUGAAGGUGAUCCAGCAGGAGCUUCAGGAUAUUGAGAUCAAGCAGACAGAGUUGGAGCGGCAGGGAGUGCUUCUGGAGACCUCCAUUAGGAAGCGGACGGAGGCCUCGGCACCAUCCAGCCCCCAGGAGGAAACACCACCCUCCAGCCUUCCCCCCAGCAGCCCUAACAGCAUUGAGGUGGAGGACAUGAUUCUGCAGCUGUUUGAACUCGUCAACGAGAAGAACGAGCUCUUCCGCCGCCAAACUGAGCUCAUGUAUCUGAAGCGUGAAAAGCGGCUGGAGGAGGAACAUGUGGAGCUGGAGUACCAGAUCCGCUGCCUGAUGCUGAAGACGCCGGCUGAGCGCACACCUGAGGACACGGCGCAGGAGGAGGAGCUCAUCGCCCGGCUGGUGAAGGUGGUGGAGCAACGCGAUGAGAUCAUCAACUGCUUGGAACUGGACCGACUGAGGGAGGCACAGGAGGAUGAGAGCAUUGCCACGCACAUGAUGCAGUACCAAGAGAAACACAUUGAUGGCUUGGAGAAUGGGAACAGCCAUCCAGAGCCAGUCAAGAAGAAGAAGACUCUGAAGCUGCCCAAAAAGAAGAAAAAGAAGGAGAAGAAGGACAAGGGAGCCACUGGUGAUGCAGACAAAGAUGUUGAUGAGACAGAGACACCUGCAGAUCCCAAGAAAAAGAAGAAGAAGAAGAAGUGGCUGUUUUGAGUAGUGAAUGUUUAGCUGGGGAGGUCCAGAAAUGUGGCCUGUGUGCCGACUGUUAUGUUGAAGUACAGCUUGUGUGUGAAUUGAUGCUGUGCUAUACUGGGAGCACCUGUUUGUUGGGUGGUGUGGUGAUGGCAACAGUGCUUUUCUGAGGUGCAACCCAAGUGCUUGUGAUGUGCUGAUAGCUGUGGUGCUCCUUUGAGAUGUGGCCCAUUUAGUGGAUGCGGAGUGCUGAUGUGUAUGGUGAUGAGUGGAGUAUCCUGAGUGUGUUGCUUGGUGUGGUGCAACAGCCUCUGAAGUGUUAGCUUGGUGAUGUGCUGCGGCCUGAUGAGUGCCAUGGAAUGUUGUACUGUGUGAUACUAUUGUAUUCCAUUUUCUCAUAUAUUACAGGAAUUUAUGUGGGAAUGUGUACUUUGAGAGUUACAACAAUGUGUUAUGUGUGCUAAUAUUGGCACAUUGUGCUUGCAUCAUUUUGCAGUCUGCAGCUGGUGUCUGAUGCUUGGUGUUGGCUGCACAACAGAUCUGGUCCUCCCAGUAUUGUUAUAAUCCUACUGAAUACUGAUGAAAAAUUGUCAAAAGAAUUUUUCUAAGAGACAUUGAGGGAAGAGAUCUCACCAUUAUGUGGAUUACUUUAUGACAUGGAAAGGGGAAGCAUGUCCCCAUUUUCAUGUCUGCAGGUUUCUUUGUAAGAUUUGUGGCUAAUAAUUGAAAGACAUCUAGUAUUUGUGUAUGCAGUUCAUGCAUAGACUUUUGUAUAGAUGUAGGAUGAACCAUCAUUAUGUGAAAGAGAAAUGUGGGUAGGCAUGUAGCCAUGUGCCUUAAAUCUUAAUAGGAAAGUGUAGGCUGUGUAUUGGGUGUUGCGAAGGAGUCUGUUGUGGCAUGUGUGGUAUGUUGGUUGAGGGACGGGAGGUUUGGCCUUGUCUGAAUAAUGGAAAAAGGGUAGCACAUUUAUCCUUGCCAGCCUAAUAAGGAAAAAGCAGUAAAUUUUAGAGGAUGGCUAAGAGUCUGAUAGGAGAAGUGACAGAUAGCUAUGUUUGGGAGGAGAGAAAGAAUUGGAAAGUUUUGGUUCGAGAUAAGGAUUUAGAAGGGAGAGAAUUAAAAGUAGUGUAAAUAUUACAAUAAACCCUACAAUAUCUUUAAAUGUAAAGUAUGGGUGGAAUGGUACUUAUCUAGUUGCCUUGAUACACCUAAAGGAUUAUUGGCCCCAGAUGGUUCAAGAAAAAAAUUAUAAAAGCAAAAAUUUGGUUCACACCACAAUUUCAGUCCAUCAAAAACAAAUACUAAUUGUUUUCUUGGAAUAGGUAUUUUUGGAUGUUAUUCUAAGCUUGGUGAACUCUAGCUGCCUAUCAUUGUAUCUCUGUUCCUUUUGGACAAAUAAUAUAGAGGAGAUGAGCAAGAGAAACACAAGUGAAGGUAAUUGUAAUGACAUGGCAUGCAAGACUUAGAAUCACACUUUGAAGAGUGUCCCAAGAUUCAGGAAAGCUGCUCCUCUCCUUGGUGCUACACCCCCUCUAUACUGCCACCACCACCACCACAACCACUAUUACCACCCUCCUAACAGUGAGUGGAGUAGCAACCUCUGGUAGUAGUGUAGAAUUACCCAUCCGCUGUCAGGGAAUUUGCAUCCUAAGUGAGUACGUCCUUGAUUGUUUAGCAUUACUCGGGCCCUUUGUGUAGUGCAAGGGUGCUGGCUGGACUCUGAUCCAUUGCAAUACACUGUACUGUCCCUUAGGAGAGCCUUAGUGUAGUUUUUGUGUGUAAGUCCUUAAUAUUUUUGUUUUUAACAGAGCAUGAUUUUAUUUUGCACAAAUUUCUAUUUAUUUACCCAUAUAGGAGGUGUAAGAGGAGUACACACAUAAGGUGUUGGUUUUAUUUAAUGUCUCAUUUUUACAUUUGAGUUAAUACAAUUUUGUUUCAUGUGAAUGCAUUGUUUAGGUACUGUAUGCUAUUUUUGUAUUAUUUUAUUUUAGUUACCACCUCAGUGUGUGUGGUGUGAAGAUGUGAAAACUGGAAUUUUAGUUAAUCAUUCCUGUGGUGCUGUGGUGGCUAGUGUUCACCUGCCCCCCCAGUGUGUCCAAUGUUGCCCUGCCAUCCAAUCCUCCUGAGAAUUUUUAAAGAUGCCCAGUGUAUACUUUUGUUCCAAGUUAGGGGGUAAUUUUCUGUGCAAUUAUUUAUCAAACAAGUCAUCCACUGAAGGUACAUUAUGAAUUAAAUGUGAAUGCUACUGAUUUGCAAUAUGAAAUGCAGGAAAAGAAAAUUGAAAGCAAUGAAAGUAAUUUGAGUGUCAAGAUUUGUCCUCAUUUUGCAUUGCAGGCUGGUAGUGAGCCAGUGAGAUGAACACAAGGCAAUGUAGAGGUGGUAUAUCUAUAUACAGUCAUUAUUUAUCUCCAACUUGUGACUGCAAAGAGAAGCAGCCCCUCGGUCUUACUCUAUAGGGAUGUAGUUGAUCAAUCCCAGGAAUAUAUGUACCACUAGAACUCUCUGCAUGUUUGACAGUUUUCCAUAAGGUGAAGGUUAAGGCCCUAGGGAUGCCUUGCUUCAUAGGUAAUAGCAGGGAUCUCUGUUACUUGCUUAACUUUCUAGGGUUUACAACUUUUAGAGCUUUGAAGACCAUACAUAAGAAUACUAAGGGAGGCCGAGGUGGUUUUCACAAGUCUUGAUAUAGAGCACUACGUAGGGUUAAGGUAGGCUGGUUCCUUCUUACUAAUAUAAGGUGUAUAUAAUAAGCUACUAUAGGAUACACAUUAGCAAGGGAUACACUACAUAAUGGGUUACACUUCUUGAUGGUCAAACAUCAUAGUUACUGCAGUAAGUUAAUAGUACUGCACAUACACAUACACAGACAAAACACAAACACCAUGACAGUACACACGGAAGUACUGUAUGUAUUUGCACUACACUUGUUAGGAUUUAUGAGGUAAAUAGUAAUAGAAGACAAUACAAGUAAUGCACACACACACACACACACACACACACACACACACACACACACACACACACACACACACACACACACACACACACACACACACACACACACACACACACACACACACAGAGGUGUAUACACUGUGGCUGUGCUAGGAGAGAAAAGAUGUGCUCAUAAGGACAAUAUAAUAGUACUGUAAUAUAAAGUACAUAAUUACAUUACAGAAGGCACAUUAUCUAGCUGAGAUGCUGAGACAGGCUGCUCUCUCUCUCUCUCUCUCUCUCUCUCUCUCUCUCUCUCUCUCUCUCUCUCUCUCUCUCUCUCUCUCUCUCUCUCUCUCUCUCUCUCUCUCUCUCUCUCUCUCUCUCUCUCUCUCUCUCUCUCUCUCUCUCUCUCUCUCUCUCUCUCUCUCUAUGUGUGUAAGAACCUAUAUUCAGUAAAAUCCUCCUCCUCAACAUUCUAAGUAGGUUAUUUGUCAAUUGAACAUUGUGUAGGGUUUGAAACACACACCAGAGACCAUCACAUCACAGGAUCCCUACUACUAAUCUCACCAUGCUGAAGACUGACACGACAUGAGCUACAUAAGUGCAGUAUCUACUUAGUCCUGAAGUUUGGUGUUAGUGGCUCUCAGUGCUAUAGUUAUAUUUUGAAAGAUUACUGGGACUAGAAAUAGACUAAAGCAUCGUUGAAGUCUGUAGCCACAAGAAGCUUUAUUGAUAAGGAGGAGGUUACUUUGAAGCUUUGGGGAAAUAAAACUAAGGUAGAAGUUUAUCAUUUUUACGUAAAGAUUAAUUUGUAUUUGAAGACCAUGCAAUAAAUUUAAAAGCGCAAAUGAAAUCAUGACAGACUUAAGGCUUGGAAAGAUAAGGUAACUUCUGUCAGCAAGGAGUAAUGCAUGAUUAUUUGUUAUUUCUUUUUAUUAUUUUAAUUGUCAAAUGCUGCCACAUUUUUAGAAUCACACUUACAUUGACUUUGGAUUCCAGAGUUCUGUAAAACCAAGAGCCUAAAUCAAAGUAAGUGCCUAGCCAUCUGUGCUUCCAAAGUUGUGUUGUGUGCCAAACUAAUACUUGAGAGAGAGAGAGAGAGAGAGAGAGAGACCUCUAAUCCUACAAGUGGCUAGCAACUCAUUUCUGGAUGAUGGAUGUGUUCCUUGAUUUUCAUUAUGUAAUUAUUCCUGUUCCAUUAUCGAUUUACACCAAUAUUUGUAUAAAAUAUCUUUUUACAAAAAAUGAGAAGUUAGAAAAUAAAUAUAUAAUUUGGUAUA